AUGCAGCCCCCCUUUGCCGCCAGAUGCAAGAAUGCGGCUCAGGCCGUGUCUUACAACAUGGGGGGCCAUUUCCUUUCCCGUCAUCCGUGGAAGGAUGGAAUUGGAGGGACGGGAGGGACGGCACCGAGGAUCAAGCAACAGGAUGCACGGCGCAACUUCUGGGCUCCUGGGCUCCUGGGCUCCUUGGCUGGCUUCUUGUCGUCGACCGGCCUGUUCCGCCCCGCACCUCCUCUUUCCCACUCUGGAGCUUGUUCACGGCCGCCACUUGCCGAGGCAAAAUGGCCAAGCAUCUGGGCGAGAAGCAUCUUGGCGGAUUGGACAUGGACAUGGAGUAGUGUUCCCGUCUCCGCCCCCUUCGUUCUCCCGUCUCGAAUGAUUCUGAAGGCUUGGACCAUCUACACCGGCUCGUCCGGCCGCCUCGAUCUUGACCCUAAAUCGCCCCUCUUCACAGAAAGGUCCUUCACAUGGGUAGCCUCCCUCACCAAGCUCGCCACCACCAUCUCCAUCCUUCAGCUCGUCGAACGGGGCCAGCUCGACCUCGACGCCGAUCUACGCCAUCUCAUCCCGGAGCUCCGAGACGCCAGCAUCCUCCAUGAGUUUGACGAGAAUGACAACCCCGUCAUCGAGGCCAACGCCAAGCCCAUCACCAUGAGGCAGCUGCUCACCCACACAUCCGGCUUCAGCUACGAGUUCUCCGACCCGGUUCUCCUCCAGUGGUCGCGCACCCAGCCCAACCGCAACGUCUCACGCCUCCAGUGGUCCAAGCUAGAAGUCACCACGCCGCUGCGAUUUGCCCCCGGCCAGAGCUGGGGAUACGGCGUCGGACUGGACUGGGCCGGCCAGGUCCUCGAGGCCCUCACCGGCAAAUCCCUCGGCCAGUACAUGCAGGAGAACAUCCUCGACCCCGUAGGCCUCAACGACACCGGCUUCUGGCCCGAAAGAAUCCCACACACGGCGCCCAGGACCGCGCAAAACGUUCAGCGCACAAAGGACGGGAAGCUCGUUGCCGCGCACUGGCCCACCCCCGAGAAGCACGAGAUUGAGUCCGGCGGCGGCGGGUGGUUCACAACGGCCAACGACUACGCAUUGUUUCUACGGGCGUUUCUGACGGGGAGGCUGGUCUCGGAGGAGACGAUGAGGGAGAUGGUCAAGCCGCAGCUAAACGAGGCACAGGCCGAGUUUCUGAGGACGAUUGCUUUCCACCCCAUGGUUCACAAUACAUUUGCGCCCGAGUUCAAGCCCGGCACGAAUAUUGACCAUGGGCUAGGAGGUAUGCUGAAUGUUGAGGAUGUACCAGGGAAGAGGAAGGCGGGGAGUAUCGCGUGGAGUGGGAUUCUCAAUAGUCGAUGGUGGGUUGACCCGAAGACGGGCAUUGCAGGCGUUCUUAUUGUCAAUGUUCGGCCCAACGGCGACCCUAUCGUGGCCAAGUUAUAUGAUGAGCUGGAGCUUGCUGUAUAUGGCCAGCUUUUGGGACAGGCUGCUGUCCAGAGUCGUAUCUAA